AUGGGAUUAUAUAUUUCAGGGAUAUCAGGAAAUAUGGAGAUUAUGAGAAUUUACCUCAGGUUGAUGAAGCUAAGAGGAAGGGCAAAAAGACCAGAAUAUAUUUAUAUCCUAUUCAUUCCCCCCUCCUUUGAUAUCAUUUCAUCAACUUUGUUGAUACUACCUCUGACAAUGAUUGCUGCUACCAUUGUCGGCGCAAGUCCUCUUAUAUUCAAAGAUGAUGAAAAGGAGCAGGAAAAUACAAAUACUGUUCUUGGAAUUGCAUUGAUAAUUAUAGCACAAUUUUUCACACCAGCUUUUAUGGUUGUUGAAGAAAAGCUUCUUGCAGACUACAUGCUACAUCCUCUUAAAAUCGUAGGUCUCGAAGGGCUUUGGGGACUGGCCAUUUACAUCAUGUUGCUCAUAAUCUUUCAGUUUAUUGAAUGUGGGAAUAAAGAUAUAUGACCAAAUGGUAGACUCUAAGAUACUCCUCUGGCUUUGCAUGCAAUGGGAAAUAAUCCAAUGAUUAUCUGAUAUGCAGUAGGUUCUAUUCUAUCAGUAGCAUUCUAUAUGAGUCUUGGAGUUACUAUCACUAAAUAUGCAAGCGCAACUCAGAGAGUAACUAUAGAUGUAAGUAGAACUCUUGUCAUAUGGGGAGUGUUCUUAGCCAAGCCAGGAGAUGGUCACGAAAGAUUCAUCUGGCUUCAACUAGUUGGCCUGGUAAUUCUAGUAUUUGGAACUCUAUUUUUCAACGAAAUUCUUGUCCUUCCAUUCCUAGGCUUCAACAAAAACACCAAGGCUGCUAUCGAAGAAAGACACAAACUCUUACACCCCACAGUUGAAGCCUCCGAACACAGCUCCAUAAUCUUCAGUACUUUUUCCAAAGGUAAGAUCAAUAUCACUGAAGAUACACACCCCUUACUUGAUGUCACGCAAGAUAAUUUCUAA